AUGGGUAAUUCAAACGACGUACAUGCUGAUAACAAAGUAGUGAACGAUCUGAGUGUCAAUGGAUAUCAAACAGAUUCACUUCUUUCUACCUCAAGCUCUCUUACUAAACGAAGUUAUAAAAAAAUCUAUGGUUCCACGGACGAGGAAAAUGUACAUUCAGUACAGUUAGAUAAGGAUGUAUUAGAGUUGCCAAAGGUCGUUCGAGAAUCAGUGCCUCUAGAAGAUGACCCCGACAUACCAGUGAUGACGUUUCGUUAUUUUAUACUAUCUACAAUUUUUAUUGUACCUGGAGCAUUCCUUGAUACCAUGAAUUCGUAUCGUACCACGUCUGCAGUAUAUUCAAUAUUUUUUGUUCAGAUUGUUUCUCAUUGGGCUGGUAAAUGGUUGGCGAAAAGUCUUCCGAAGAGGAAUAUCCAGGUACUUGGUUUUAAAUUCAAUUUAAAUCCAGGUCCUUGGUCCAUAAAAGAAACGGCAAUGAUAACAAUUACUGUUAAUAGUGGUGCUACCGGUAAUUUAGCUACCAAUGCUAUUUCUUUAGCCGAGUUGCAUUUUAAUGAAAAGGUAGAUGCACUGAUUGCUAUACUUUUUAUGUGGGCUAUUGUAUUUAUUGGGUACUCUUAUGCAGCCAUAGCGAAAUCAUUUGUUUUAUAUGAUCCGCAAUUUACAUGGCCUCAAGCUUUAAUGCAAACCACUCUAUUACAGUCACAAGCUAGAUCGGAUAGGGACUCGAAACAUGGUUCUAUGCAAAUGAAAGUAUUCUUCUAUGCGUUAUUUGGGGUCACAAUUUGGGAAUUUCUUCCAGAGUUUGUAUUUCCACUUACAUCAUCGUUGGCCAUACUAUGCUGGAUUGCGCCCUAUAACAAGACUGUUAACUUUAUAGGAUCAGGUAUGGGUGGUAUGGGAGUUUUAAAUUUUUCUUUAGACUGGGCAAAUAUAACAUCGUCUAUUAUGUUGUAUCCAUAUUGGAUCCAAGUGAUUCAAUUUUUGGGAUUCGUUUUGGGUGCAUGGAUUAUGAUUCCGUUGGUAAAAUGGGGAGGAAUCACUUCUUUUAAGCAUGGGCUUAUGUCAAAUUCGCUAUUCUUGAAUAAUGGAACGCGAUAUCCGACUAACGAACUAUUGGCUGAUGAUUUGACGUUGAAUGUAACUGCUUAUAACUAUUACGGCCCUGUUAAUUUGGGAGCGCAGAGAGCAUGGAAUAUGUUUUUUGAUUAUGCUGCUUAUGUUAGUGGUAUAGUCUGGGUUGUUUUGUUUGGAUAUGAUCAAUUGAGAAGCUCUCUAAAUGUUUUGAAAAGUACGUACUCGGCUGAGAAUCAAAAGAGUGGUUUUACUUCUAUUCAUUUACAGUAUACAGAUAAACUAAACAAAUUGCAAGCCAAAUACGAGGAAGUGCCCAUGUUUUGGUAUUUAAUCUUGUUCCUUAUUUCUUUUUCAACACUAAUGUUUAUUUUUUUAUCUGGACAUAUGUUUUUGCCAUGGUGGUGCUGUGUUGUUGCAUUGGGUUUAGGCUCUAUUAUUGUUACCCCUUUAAGCUGGUUGUAUGCAUUAUCGAAUUUCCAAUUAGCCAUUGGAACAUUCAAUGAGCUAUUUUAUGGUUAUAUGGUCCAGAAUAUCAAGUCAAUUCAUCCAGUUAGUGCAGUUGUAUUCGGAGCAAUAUCGGGGAGUGCGUGGUAUAGAGCUCAGUAUCAUUUACUUUGUAUGAGACUUGGGUUCUAUAUUCACUUACCUCCUAAAGCAGUCUUUUUUUCUCAAAUAUACGGAGAAUUUAUUGGUGUUCCAUUUAACUACAUUGCCUUAAGAUGGGUCCUUGAUACUAAAAGAGAAUAUCUUGACGGAACUAAAGAGGACCCUUUGCAUCAAUGGACAGGGCAAACAAUCACAUCUUAUCACACUAAUGCAAUCAAUUAUGUUAUUUUGGGACCACGGAGGCUAUUUUAUCAUUACCCAUUACUACCUUAUGGUUUUCUUCUAGGAGUGAUAGCUCCAGUUGUAUUAUAUAUUUUGCAUAGACGAUAUCCCAAUUCAAGGUUAAGGUUUCAUUUAUGGAAUACUACCGUAUUCUUUUCCACUUUGAGUACAUUCUAUGGUAAUCUUUCGACUGGGUAUGCUUCUAAGUUUAUAGGUGGAACAGCAACAAUGUACUGGGCAUAUAAUUAUAGGCAUUCUUUGUGGAAAUCAUAUAACUACAUUCUAGCUGCUGCAUUUGAUACUGGAUAUAAUCUUGCAGUCUUGAUAAUAUUUUUGUUAUUUUCGUUUGGAAGAACAGUAAGGAUGCCACAUUGGUGGGGCAACAAUGAGCAAAGCGUCGAACGUUGUUUUGCCCUCUAA